CAGGCUGUUAUAUGUGAUUUGUCGCUCCUUCAAAAGCUGAGGACAGUAAGAUUAUUUGAAUGAACGCUGUCUCCUGUAGUAGGCUACUCCUUAGUCCUCACGAGGGGGCAAAAGGACAGUUUUUAACGGGCUUCAUACCCACAUCCUGCAGUCUGCUCAUGAUCUACUCUUGUCCCGUGAAGCGGUGCGACUCCACUAGCGACAACAUGUAAAACUUGGAAGUCAGUCACGGUAAAUAGCCUACAAGACCUUCGAUUAGAGUGAAACAAGCUGCUGGUAACAUGGGGAAUAAUUCUGGAAAAGAACGACAUGGAUCUGCAGGCACUGCCGUGGACACAUAUGAAACACCUUCUGCCUCGCCGUAUAGUCUUGUUUCUACCUGUUCACCAACCACUCAGCUGGAGUCCAUUUCCAACUAUACAAGCACAGCCAUCCCUGAAACGGCUCAAGACACUCUGAGUUCCACCGAUCAGAAUGAUGAACAAUUGUUGGACUGCAGGACAGAGCCUGCGAAGGAGGCUGAGGAUGGAUUUAAGAUGACAGAAUCACCUAGGCAGGUGUCUCAUCCUUCAGGUGUGUAUGUGAAUGGAAAAACAGAAGUGGACCCAAAACUCCUACAGGAGUGUUUCAACACACUGCAGCUCAACAACAUUGAAGAAUCCACAUAUAUACUGAACGAUCUGUUAACAUGUUUUUUGAUGGAGCGGGAGAAGAUGAAGGAGGAAUUGAGAAGUUGUAAAGAAAAGAUUCAGGCAGAACGUGAGGAGUGGCAGCAAUUCCAGUCUGACCUGAAGGUGGCGCUUGUGGUUUCAGACAGACUGAGGGCAGAAGCUGAGGAAGAGCUAAAUACUUUAAGAGCAGCAAGGCAGGACAUGGACACACAGCUAGCCAAUGCCUUGCAGGGUCGCCAGGAGUUCGAAAGUCAGUUGGAGAGCCUCAGAGCUGAGUUGGAGCAAAGCAAGCAGAAACUGAAGCACCACCCAGCCACCCACAAGAGGGCCCCAGAGAAAAAAGAUCAAAGAUAA